AUGGGAAAUCGACAGCCAAAUCUACUCGCCUUCCCUACCGUCGACGCCCUCGCGACCAGUCUGCGAACAUACAUAGUGCAAUGUCAGAAUGCCGGCAUUCAGCGACAUGAGGUCUUCAAGGUCGCCGUGUCGGGCGGCUCGCUGCCCAAGACCCUGGCCCAGGCGCUCCUGACCCCGCCCAGCUCCCCCGAAGACGCGAUCAAGUUCGACAAGUGGGAGAUCUUCUUCGCCGACGAGCGCGCCGUGCCCCUCGACCACGCCGACUCCAACUACGGCCUCCUGAAGGCCGAGCUGCUCGACAAGAUCCCCGCCGACAUGGGCAAGCCCGUCGUGCACACCAUCGACGUCGCGCAACUGGAUGACGUCCAGGAGCUGGCCGAUCAGUACGAGAAGCUCCUCGUGAACAGCUUCGCCGCGAGGGAUAGCGUCAAGCUGCCCGUCUUCGAUCUGCUGCUGCUGGGCUGCGGGCCCGAUGGACAUACCUGCAGUCUGUUCCCUGGACAUGCGCUGUUGAGAGAGACGGAUGCGUGGGUCCUGCCGAUUGAGGACUCGCCGAAGCCGCCGCCAAAGCGGAUCACGCUCAGCUUACCCGUCGUGACGCAUGGUGUCAAGAUCGCCUUCGUGGCGACGGGCGGCGGGAAGAAAGAGAUCAUGAAGAAGAUCUUCGAGGAGGGUAAUGGCUUACCGUGCGCGUUGGUGAAUGAGGCGGCCGGCGAGAGAUGCACCUGGUUCACGGACAACGCGGCGGUCGAUGGAGUGAGCUUUCCACGGAGGGGUAGUCUGAUCUAA